AUGGCCGCGCUGGGCCUCUACGACCGCGAGGUUGUGCCUUACACGAACCGCACGCACAUGGUCAUCAGGUCUCCCCAGUCCGAACGCCAGCUCUGGGAGUCCCGUUACACAAAGGACAAGAAAAUCUGGGCUUCCGAAUCACGGAUCGUCGAUCCGCUUCACCCAGACAGCAUUCGUGUACGUCGUAUCGCCGAGAAAGUUAUUGGCGCCACCUAUCGUACCCUCCCUAUCAACAGCAGCCACGAUGGCACCAAGAGACCGAAGCCACAGACAAGUCAUCUUGAGGGGUUUGAGUGGGAGGUGAUACUUGUUAAAGACGACGACCCCACUGCAGCGUGCGCUCCUGGUGGCAAGAUUGCAGUAUAUACCGGAUUGCUCGACCGUUUUACCGAUGCUGAGAUUGCCUUUGCUAUUGCGCAUGAGAUUGGUCACAUCGUUGCCAGACACUACUCGGAAAUUUGUUACGCCAAGUGGUCUCCAAUACCCAUGUUUGUGCCUUUCUUCCGAAGGUCGGAGAUGGAGGCAGAUCACAUUGGAACCCUUCUACUUGGAGCUGCUGGUUUCCAUCCAUACGCGUCCCUCUUGUACUUCCGGAAGCAGGCAAUAAUUGAAAGAGAGUCGGUGUCACAAGAUCCCAUCCUUUUUAAUCCUUCAGAUACAACAAGGGCAGAGCGUGUGAUGCAACCCAAAAUCAUGCAGGAGGCACUGAAAUUAUAUAAGGAAGCUCCGCCCGACGAAGGUACCAGCUCACAAGCCACCGCUGAAGGAUUUUCCUUUCGACAAACCCUGGGAGAUGCAUUCCAACUUAUAUCGACAAGACUGAGGCACGCUCUUACGGGGGGAUCAGCAGAUUAG